GUCUAACUAAAAAUUCAACGAUAUCAUUUCAGUUAGUAAAACUAAACGACUGAACGUAAACGUCUAGAGCAGUAGGUCGCACAUUGUUCACGCGAAUUUAAAGCACAAAAAUGGAUAUUCAGGACGAAGACCUUCAUAAACUAAUAACCGACAUGGUGGAUGAUAACAUAGAAUCAGUGAACAAUAUUCUCGCUACCAAAUUUGACAAAAGACUUCUGCACCAAAUUGGGCGACUGCACAUCAACGUGGUUCACAUAGCAGCUUGGCGAGGUAGAAUGGAAUUACUUGAAUUAUUCCACAAUCAUGGCGCUGAUAUUAAUGCGACGGAUGCGAUCGGAAGAUGCGCAUUGUUCUACGCUGCCAAUCGUGGAGACAGUGACAUGGUGAAUUGGUUGUUGAAACAAGGAGCAUACACGGAAAAUAAAAUUCGUGUCGAGAGGUGCUACAGGAAUUUCAGUGAUUUGUUCUUGGCUCAAUGCCCCAUAGGCCAUAACUUACCGUCCCCCGAGUGUUUAGAAAGAACGGCCUUGCACCAAGCGGUGCAGCACAAUCAUUCGGACGUGGUGAAAAUUUUGGUGGAAGCUAACGCUGACGUGAACGCUAAAGACGAACGUGGAUUCACUCCGUUACUCUUGGCAGGCUCCAAUGAUGAGAUUCGAAAGAAUCCCAAGGAGAUGUCCAAGUACGUCGAUAUUGUCAAGUCUCUCGUGGCAGCGAAUGCUUCAACGGACGUCUUUCGCAAAGAUACAGGUGGAAACUACAAUUCAAAUAAUACGGGAAGCUAA